AUGACACUUGGUGCUGAAGAGACAAUAGACGAAAGAUUGGACGAAAGUCCACCACAAGAAGAGUUCAACUCGGUGCAGAUGCAGGAAAUACAGAUACAGGAAAAUGCAUGCAAGAAAGUGGUGACACUGAUGGAAGAACAUGAUGGUCAUGUUGUAGUGUUCAAGAGAGAUUCGUCUGAAGAAGAGGAUAACGAUUCGUCUACUGAUGUAGAUUCUAAUAUUGCCAUCGAUGAAUUUGAGAUUGAAUUACCAGAUAUCAGAGACGUUACUAGUUUGACAUCUGCCACACCAAUUUCAGCCAAAAGUCCAGUUGGAAAUCCAGAUCUGCCACUUGUCAGUUCACAAUCUCAACAACCUAACAAGAAAAAAUUCAAGAUCAAAUGCAAUGCCUUUCGUUUGAUCACAUUAGCCAGUUUACUUUUCAACAUUGUUGCAUUCCUUGCCCUCAUUGGCCUCACAAUCAAUACCUAUCUCAGUUCGAAUAAUACUUCAGUUGAGAUUCUAAUAGCUCGUGGUGAUACGAAUUAUUAUAAUACGGUACUUUGGGACACUGCCAAGUUGGCAGUCUUGACAAAUGACAGUUCCACAACCAGUCGUUACACAACCAAUGCCAAGAAUUUUAGAAAUUCAUUGAAAAAUAUCCUUAAUGGACUUCCGUCUGGUUUCCAAUGGAAAAUUUUGGAUGGAACGAAUGCGACCUCAAAAGCUCCAAUGUUUCCUUAUUAUGACAGAUUAUUCAAUUUGACAACUGCCAAGAAAUGGACAGAAGCAAGACAACUCUAUUUUUCAACUGAUUAUCAGUCAACCUUAACACAAUGGAAUAUUGAUUAUCAACAAUUUCAUGAAUCCAUUACAAAAGUAGGUCAAGGAUUAGAUGACUAUGUAUUUGCCUCAAGUAUUGCCAAUUUGGUGAUUAUUGGUAUUUCUUUGGCUAUUGUUGUGCCAGUAAUUGUCUUUGUUUUCGUAUUGAUGGUUAGAAAGGAUGGAAUGGCUAAGAGUUCAUUGCAAUCACUCAAUUCUGAAAUGAUUUUAGAAACGAUGAGAAAUGAACAGAUGAGAGAAGAUUUUAAGAAUCAUUGUAUGGCAAGUAAUAUGUAUGAAUAUUACUCUAUAUUGGAAAAGAUGGUUAUUUAUUCUGAAAUUUGUGGUCAAAUUGCAGAGUUGACUAAACAUGGUAAAGCCAGUGAACAAGUUCAGUUGUUGGAAAAGACAAAGAUUGAAAUUGCUUUUGAAAUCAUUGCUGAUGUCCAAGAAAGUAAUAGCUCAGUACUCGAUGAAAAUACACGAAACUACAUUAGUUCAACCGUUGAUGAAGUGAAUAAUUCACUGAAUGAGAGAGAAGAUCUUGAGCAGAAUAAUCUUUCACCAACUCUAUUCCACGACUUGGAAAAGGAAAUCCAAGAUCAACUUCUUUAUGUACACUAUGUCUUUAAACACCAAAACACAAAAGUAAUAAACACAGUGUAAAGAUUU